AUGUCGCUCGUCUUCUACCAGAGAGGCAACAAUGACCUUGUUGCCUUGGAAGUGGGGCUCGGCGUCCCCUUCAACAUUCAAGACUAUGUCCUUUUCCUCCGCUUCAAGAAGGAUGAGAUGGUGGAGCUGAUGUUCAAUCUUUUCGGCUUGAAUGGUUUGUCAAGAAAGACGAGAGAGGAACUGGCAGACCAUUUUUGUCUUGCUUGGCGUGAAGCUCAACAGACCCGUGCCGUUCUUCGCGCUAACAACGAGCAGGACAGCGAGCACAGCGAGCAGGACAGCGAGCACAGCGAGCAGGACAGUGAGCACAGCGAGAAGGACGCGAGGAACGAGCCUCGCGAGCUUCGCGACAACGAGCACAGCGAGAAGGACGCGACGCAGGACAUCCCAAUUGUGAGCCUCGGCAGUGGCGACUUGAGAACCUUGGUGCGUAUCCCCAGCCAGAAUAAGACGAAAGACUUGUUCUUCUACCACGAUGCCUCAGCGACCUCGGCGGACUUGUUGAACAGCUUGGGCGAAGCAAUCAACCCUGACAACUCCAUUGUCAAGGUCAUUGGUGUUCAGUCCGAAGUGCCACUCUACGAGACAAUAUCUAGCCUUGGCGCUGAGGGGCUCCUUGUCCUUCCUAAGCUUAAAGGAGGAGGCAAGCGCACGAAGACGAUGUCAGAAGCCGAUGCCUUGUUGACAACAAAGCAACUACGACAAGCCAUUGAUGAGAACAUCCUUCGCCUUGAGAACAUCAGCAACCCCGCUCCAGUUGUUCAGGAGACCAUUGAGAAGGUCAGGUUCAUUAUCCAAGCGACAAAGGACAAUCCGAAAGAAGUGGUUUCCGAGUUGCUUGAGCACGUCAGCGACGAGAAGUUGACGGUAUUGAUUUCCAGCAUCUUAACCACUUCAACCAGAGUGAUGGACAGGUGCAGGUUUGUGAAGGAGAACUUCCUUGAGGACUUGCACAACAAAACGGAAGACCUCAUCAAGCAGAAGAACUUGACAGAGGACACCUUGGUUCUCGGCAUCCGCUUCGCAAUCUCCAGCCAGUUCGCCGAAACAAACGGUUCGAUUGCUUGGACGGCUUUGAUUGCAAAGAUGACCAGCAUUAUCAGAAGCAGGGCAUCUUCAUCCACUACAACCACCGAGGAUGAGGGCAACUGCAUCCUGAUGUGA